CGAGACUCAUUUCUUUCAGACGCAUGUGAAAAGCACGAGAGUUUUAAACACAUUGUAUUCUGUAAUCAGUUAAACAAGUUUUGUUCAACACUUGAAAUCUCAUCGUCAGUUUAUUCGCAGUCAUUGUAGUGUAAUCGUUUCUCUUUUCUUCGAGAAUAACGAACAAACAAAUAAACCAAAAAUCCUUUGCGAGUCCCUGAGUUACUUGACCUACAUUUUGGACACCGAUUUCUUUCUUUGUAAGUACAAAUCUACCUGAGACGAUAAAGAUGCCUUCACAAAGCAACCAAAUUAUGGAAAAGAUGACAAAGACCGACACCAUUAAGAUGAGAAACCGAUAUAUCGGAAAAUCAUGUAAAUUAUUUUACAAAACAGACCCUUUGAAAAUUGUUCGUGGUCAAGGCCAGUAUAUGUUCGACGAAGAAGGAACACGUUAUCUUGAUUGCAUUAACAACGUAGCGCAUGUUGGCCAUUGUCAUCCACGAGUCGUUGAAGCGGCAAGCAAACAAAUUGCCGUUCUGUCGACAAACAAUCGUUUUUUGCAUGAUGAAUUGGUGCAAUGUGCGGAAAAGAUCAUCAACAAAAUGCCAGGCGAUUUGUCGGUUUGUUAUUUUGUCAAUUCUGGAUCUGAGGCCAAUGAUUUGGCACUUCGUUUGGCUCGCACUCACACAAAACAGAGGGAUAUCAUCACGUUAGACCAUGCAUAUCAUGGACACUUGACCUCACUGAUGGAAAUUUCACCAUACAAAUUUAAUUUGCCCGGUGCCGACCCGAAGCCUGAUUUUGUGCAUGUCGCAUCAUGUCCGGAUGACUAUCGCGGAAAGUACAAUCGCUUUAACUCAACACUUGAUAGACUUAAAGAUCAAUAUGUUGCCGAAAUCGAAUCAAUUGCCAAAAAAGUAAGUGAGGAAGGUCGCGGUGUUGCUGCCUAUAUUGCUGAGAGUUUCCAAAGCUGUGGUGGUCAAAUCAUUCCACCUAAAGGAUAUUUGAAAGAUGUUUACAAAGUGGUUCGUAAUAAUGGUGGUGUGACAAUUGCAGACGAAGUUCAAGUGGGUUUUGGUCGUGUUGGAACACACUACUGGGCUUUUGAAACACAAGACGUUGUUCCAGACAUAGUAACCAUCGCAAAGCCAAUGGGAAAUGGUCAUCCAGUCGGCGCUGUUGUUACAACACAAAAAAUUGCUGACAGUUUUACGGCAACGGGUGUUUCAUAUUUCAAUACGUACGGAGGUAAUCCUGUAUCGUGUGCGAUAGCAAAUGCCGUAAUGGAUGUGGUUGAGAAUGAAAAACUCCAACAAAAUGCUCAAAUGGUCGGUGAAUAUUUGCUGAGUGAAGGAAUUAAGCUUGGCUAUGAUUUUGAAAUGAUUGGCGACGUUCGUGGAUAUGGGUUGUUUGUUGGCUUUGAAAUGGUUAAAAGCAAAUCAUGCCGAACUCCGGCUACACAAGAAGCAUCUUGGAUUGUUGAUCGAAUGAAGAGCGUUCAUCGUGUGUUGAUCAGUUCAGAUGGUCCAAAUGAGAAUGUUUUAAAACUCAAACCACCAAUGCUCUUCACCAAAGAAAAUGCCGAUGAAUUCUUUGUCGCUUUCAAAGAAUGCAUGCACUUUUUGCAAAAGGUGAAUUUAUCAUCUUUGACCGAAGACAUGUCAAAUGAGCUGCCCACCCGUACGGAUAUUUUAAUCAAAGCAAUGUAAACGCGGAGAAAUUAAACUCUUCCUCUUAUUAUAAUUUACUAUUCAUAUUUAAACAUUAAGAAAAGAUUAUUGUCUUAAAUUAAGGCUAUCAACAUUUUUAAUCAAAACUCUAUCAAAUUUUGUAUUCAUUUAAAUAUUUUAUUUCAAUUUAUAUAUUAUCAUUAUCAAUAAUUAUACUCGAGCCAAAUGCUAAAUAAAGUGGAAAAUCAGAAA